GCCGAAAGCGCCAACGCUCCCUCUGUAAACAAUAGCCGGCAUUAACUGCGACUCCAUCACCGUUGGCCUGGCGAUUCGAUAUUCCGAUGUUAUUCCUAGGUUAUUUUUGAAAUAAAAUUACCACUAAUCAGCCACUAAUUUGCCAUUUCGAUCACAUUUCCCCGCCACCGGAAUGGACACCGAACCCAAAGGUGAAGUCCAGCCGCCCGCCACCAAGCCCACCUCCGCCAGCCCCCCUAAGAAAAAACACAAGAAAGACCACAAACACAAACACAAAAAGCACGUCACCGAAAAACUAGAUAAAACUAAAAAGACCAAGAAACGCAAAAAGCACAAACACAACAAACAAAGGGACAUGUCGGAAGACAGGCUUUCGACAAAAAGUGACAAACUAGAUCGGUAUACCCCCGAAUUAUCGCCUAAGUCAGCAACUGCAGUAUGUAAGAAAAAUGUUAAUCAUAUUAUUAAUGGUAAAUCUUUGUCAGGGACCCCAAAAAACAAGGACCCGCUUAAAACUGACACUGAUGAGGUUGUUGCUUUUGUGGCGCGCGGUCUCACCGACACGCACUCGCUGGAGGUGAUCUCCUCCGAGAGCGAGGACGGCGUGCCGGAGACAGAGUGCGAUAGCGACGCGAUCGACGUCAACGUCAUCGAGGCCGACAUGGACCUGGAGGAGCUCAUGAAGCAGAAGGAGCUGCUCCAGGCCGAGAUCGCCAAAGCGGAGCUCGAAACGACCAAAAAGAACGGAAAAGACCCGAAAAUUGUUGACGAAAUCAUCCUCUUGGACGAUUCGAGCAACGACGGGGACGUGGUGGUGCCUGUGAAGAAGCCCAAAAGGUCCCACAGCAGAGAGCGCAGAGUCGUCAUUGAGCGCAAAGAGCAUCCAAGAGAGGAUGUGCGAAGGCAUAGAGACGACAAACACAAAGUGUACGAGAGAUACGGGCGAGAUAAUUAUCACAGGACCAACCACAGGAAAAGUCCCGAGCGGAGGGAGAGGUCCAGGUCGCAUAUUUAUGACAGGGAUAAGCGACAUGUGAGAGAUCACAGGUCGAGGGAGAGACAUAGAUCGCGGGAUCGGCGAUAUGAUCAUAAGGAUUAUUAUCAUCGGGAUUAUCACAGGAAUGAUACGAGGAAGGCGAAGGAGAGGCAUAGAGGGAAUAGGGGUGAGAAGCAGGAUAAGUACAAGGACUCCCUGAGUGAGGGACAGAAGCAUGGGGUUAGCAGUGAUAGCGAUAUUGAUGUUAAUAUCGAUCUGGUGGACGAUGAAGAAGAUGAGCAGAAGAUUAUUGAGAAGAGGAGGAAGCAAAGGGAAGAGUUGUUGAAGCGAUUGGGUGGUGUCAGCGAGGAUUCAAACACCAACACAUCGCUGCCAACAUCACCAAAGGAAGAAAAGGAGAGUACAAACGAUACUGCACCACCAACCGAGCCCGAAAAACCAGCUCAAGAGAAGACACCAGAGAAGAAAGAAGAACCAGAACCGGAAGAAUCACACACUCCACCUCUACUACCCAACAUGAAGGUAAAACCAGUCUCAAACGAGAAAGAAAAAGAACCCAAAACCAAGAGACCCAAUUGGGACAUGUUUGCCGACCAGGACAUUUUCAAAGAAGAUACAAAUUCCCCUAAUACCAUCGUUACGAAAGGUGCAGGCGCCGAAAAUCCGGCCUUAACCGACAAUUGGGACGAUGCCGAAGGUUAUUACAGGGUCAGAAUUGGGGAAAUUUUGGAUUCAAGAUACAUGGUGUAUGGUUACACUGGACAAGGUGUUUUCAGUAACGUGGUAAGAGCUCGCGACCAAGCCAGAUCGAAUCUUGAUGUUGCAGUCAAAAUCAUUCGAAAUAACGAAAUUAUGCAUAAAACCGGGUUGAAAGAACUGGAAAUUUUGAAAAAAUUGAACGAUGCCGAUCCGGAAGACAAGUUGCAUUGUUUGCGCUUGAUUCGGCACUUUUUCCACAAACAGCAUUUAUGUAUGGUUUUUGAACCGUUGGCGAUGAAUCUGAGAGAAGUUUUGAAAAAGUAUGGAAAAGAUGUUGGUUUGCAUAUUAAAGCCGUCAGAAGCUACACACAGCAGUUGUUGUUGGCCUUGAAGCUGCUCAAAAAGACUGGCAUUUUACAUGCAGAUAUCAAACCAGACAAUAUAUUAGUCAAUGAGAGCAAACUUGUGCUCAAACUGUGCGAUUUCGGGUCAGCUUCUUACAUAAACGAUAACGAAAUCACACCGUAUUUGGUGUCUAGAUUUUAUAGAUCGCCAGAAAUCAUACUGGGGAUUCCAUACGAUUAUGGAAUUGAUAUGUGGUCUGCUGCGUGUACCAUUUAUGAGCUAUACACUGGUAGGAUAUUAUUUUCCGGUAAAUCCAACAAUCAGAUGUUGAAGUUCUUUAUGGACGUUAAGGGGAAAUUUCCGAAUAAAGUGAUUCGAAAAGGGGCAUUUAGGGAUCAACAUUUCGACAGUAACUGCAAUUUUCUCUACCAUGAGAUAGAUCGAGUUACUGAACGGGAAAAAGUGGUGGUGAUGUCCGUUGUUAAAGUGACUCGCGACCUCCAAUCCGAGCUGGUGGCAGGUCAGGCUUUGCCCCCGGACCAGCUGCGAAAAGUGACCCAACUGAAGGAUAUGUUAGAGAAGGCAUUGACUAUAGAUCCUGCCAAAAGGAUCAGCUUGAAUAAUGCGUUAACACAUCCGUUUAUUCAGGACAAGAUUUGAGGGUUGGUCUAGUGAGGUAACCGGACACCGCGAGUAAUUUUAAUUUUUUUGUUUGUUAUUAUUUUUCUUUGAAUUCUUUAAAAGUCUUGUACUAGACUUAUAUUUUAUUAAAACAAACUGUAGAUUAACAAUGUUGUACACGAAAAUUCAUAUUGUGGAGUAUUUAUAAAGUAAUAAAAUAUUGAUAAAA